CUUCUCCUCUUAUUCCGCUACUAAAACUUCCUCCUCCUCCUCCUCCUCGUCGCACCAAAUCCUCAGCAGAAGAUUUCCUGCUCGUGCAUGUGUCUAAGAUAUGAAGGGACUCUUCAAGCCAAAACCCCGGACUCCCGUGGAGCUGGUGCUCCAAACACGUGAUCUUCUAAUCUUUCUUGACCAGAAUACCGAAACUCGAGAACGCAAGCGCGAGGAAAAGAUGUCUGAGCUGAGCAAACAGAUUCUGGAGAUGAGGAUAGUUUUAUUUGGGAAUGGACAAGCAGAGCCGAAUCCUGAUGCAUGCGCGCAUUUGGCUCGGGAGUUCUUUAAGCAUGAUACGUUCCGCCUUCUCGUUGUUUGUCUUCCAAAACUUGACUUGGGGGCACGUCAAAAUGCUACUCAUGUUCUAGCAAAUUUGCAGAGGCAACGAGUUGGUGGGCGGUUGAUUGCUUCCGAGUAUCUGGAAAAUAAUUUAGACCUCAUGGAUGUUUUGCUCCCUGGUUAUGAAGAUGGUGACAUUGCUCUAACUUAUGGUGCAAUUUCGAGGGAGUGCAUUCGUCAUCAGAUUGUGGCUAUGUACGUAUUGGGAUCAGAGUACAUGAAGAAAUUUUUUACCUACAUACAAAUUCCAAAUUUUGACAUAGCAUCAGAUGCUCAGUCAACUUUUAAGGAGCUCCUGACAAGGCAUAGAUCAACUGUUGCAGAAUUUCUUUCUGCAAAUUAUGACUGGUUUUUCCAAGGAUACAAUUCACAAUUGCUACAAUCUCCCAGUUACAUAACCAGAAGGCAUGCUGUCAAGCUGUUGGGAGACAUGUUACUUGACCGCUCAAAUUCUGCUGUGAUGGUUCGGUAUGUGAGUUCAUUGGAGAACAUGAGGAUCUUGAUGAACCUUUUCUGGGAUUCAAAUAAGACAAUACAACUGGACACGUUUCAUGUGUUCAAGUUAUUUGUAGCAAAUCAAAAAAAGCCUCCUGAGAUCAUCAGUGUACUUGUUACAAAUAGAAGCAAGCUCCUUAGGUUUCUUGGCGACUUCAGCAUUGAUAAAGAGGACGAACAAUUUGAAGCUGACAAAGCUGAAGUCAUCAAAGAGAUCGCCGCUCUAGAAAUCAGCGGUGAGCGCUCAUUCACAGAUGCAGAUGAGUGUGAGUUUGAGUCCUAAAUUGUCCUUAAAUUUACAACAUUUUUGCAUUUGGGAAACAGUUUAGGAUCUAGUUUAUCCAUGGUCUUUGUUACUUCCGCCAGAACUUGUACAAGAGUGCUCCUAUUUUA